AAUUCAUUGACUGUGUAUAUUAUCAAAGCGCAGUCGGUUAAUGUCCAGCAUUUGUACUAUUAAUUAUUAUUAUUCCUGAAUUUAAAAAUGCGUCGUGGUGCUUUGGUAGUGUUUGAGGGUUGUGAUCGCUCAGGGAAAUCGACACAAUGCAAGAAACUGGUGGAAUCAAUGUUAGAGAAAGGAAUGAAGGCUGAACUUAUGCGUUUUCCAGAGAGAUCCACAGUCAUCGGAAAGCUUAUUGACAGUUAUUUAAAGAAUAGCAAAGAUGUUCAGGAUAAUGCAAUACACUUAUUGUUCUCUGCAAACAGAUGGGAGCUUAAACCCGAGAUGGAGAGGAAGCUCAAUGAAGGGGUGACGUUAGUAGUGGAUCGCUAUGCUUACUCAGGGGUUGCAUUCACAGCAGCAAAAGAGGGUAUUUCCUUAAACUGGUGCAAGCGACCAGACGUUGGGCUCCCUCUUCCAGACCUAGUCUUAUUCCUAAAAGUCUCAAGCGAGGCAGCGGAGAAGAGAGGCGGCUUCGGCGAGGAGAGGUACGAGAAGUCCGAGAUCCAGGCCAGGGUCGCCAAGAACUUUGAGAAGUUACAGGAGAAUGACUGGGAGAUUAUAAAUGCUGACCAAUCCAUGGAAGACGUCCAAAAGCAGAUACAAAACGUAGUCUCAAAUCUCAUGAACCAGGAUCUACCUGAACUAGGAAAAUUAUGGACUGAACAAGAUUCAAAUUUAAAAAUGUAAAUGUUUUUUUAUUAAAAAAAUUUAAAAGAGAAUGAAACAUCUGAGGGAUGCCGGUUCCCCUAAAAGAUAAUAUAUAUUGUUAGUUGAGGUCAUGGAAAUCAUUCUGGCUCAUGCUAUACCGGUACAUCAAAUUGGGAACUCCAUGAUGUCAUGCUAUAAUACAUGUACGAAAUUGUAUUGUUUGUACCCCAAAUUAACAAAUAAUUUGUUGUAAUAUUUUUCAAUUUGUGAUGUCUGCAGUAGAUCUACUUGUAUCCAGAUUUUUUUUUUUUUUUUUUUUUUUGGGGGGGGGGGGGGGGUUGGCUAUGAGUUAGUGAGAUUUCUUAUUACCGGUAACCUGUUUUUGUGUGUUGGAAGAAUCUAUCAUGCUUCAGUAUGUCUACACCUUUCUUGAAGAUAGUCAUAGACUAGAAUCUGAAGAAUAAAACUAUGCGUGUAUUACUAUGUAAUGAACUGUCUAUACUAUUGUUUUCUUUCAAUUUGUAUUAAUCUAUUUCAAUUCAAUUUAUGUAUUCCACAAUGUCUUCCAGGCUGAAAUUUCAAUUCAUGUAUUUCAGGCUAUAUUCCAGGGUAUCAUUACAUUCCUUAUUGGUGUAAACAUAAAAGCACUAUACAAGCAUACAAACUGUUAGUUUAAAAUGUUAAUGUAACAGUUUGUAUGCUUGUAUAGUAAAUAAGAUAAAUAUUAUCUGUACAUACAUCAGUCUACCAUAGAAAAGUCGCCAAAGAUCAAACAGUCUGUAAUUACAGAACAAUGAGAAAGAUGACAAUUUUUGUGCAGGUAUUCCUGUAGAUGUUUUCCAUUUUCAAGCAUAACUUUGCUACAAAUCAUAUUCGAUAAUUAUUUGAUAAAUAAAUGUUCAAAUUAUAAGUCU